AUGCCAGAGUCAGGAUGGGAGGCGCAACGUGCACAACCACGGCCUGCUCCUCAGUAUGAGCGUGAAUUUACAUGCACAGAAGUAGAGGUAUUUUGUGGACCAAGUUCCAAAGGUCCGCCUUUCAAGAAGGUUCGCAAAGACAAGCGAGAGAGUCAUCAUAAUUCCAGGCUUGAAGAUCCCCCUCCUAAGCUUCGAGAACGUCCUAGCUGGCUCAGCAUAUCGCGUCAGCCCAGUUCAAGCUUAUCAUCAGGCUCCUGGAGGCCAGUCACUUGUAACCUUCAGGACGAGAGAGGAGAAGCUACACUCCGCUUAUUUACCGAAGAUCAGCACCUUCAUAGCUCCAUUCAAAUCAGCAACUGUUUUGCACCGUGCCUACGCAUCGUCGAUUCCAGCCUCUUUACGCGCCCUCACGUCCUUGUCAUCCAUGCCUAUAAUUCAGCAAAUACGGCACCUCAACCUAGCACAAGCAAUACAUCAGCCACGACGUGCGAGCCAGUGUAUCUUGCAUUCCGUAGUCGAGAUACCCUCAGCUCCUGGCUCGUUCUCCUCCGUUCAUUUGCCCGUGCGGAUAUCCGACCCCAUCCUUAUCCUGUUGGGUACGCUUUCCCACAACACAUUGGGUAUCGUAUCUGGCGGCAGCUCCAGAUCGCAAUUUUUGCAGGGCGGAAAUUGAGCAGGCAUGUUCACGGAGCGGGAUCUUCGGACGAGUCUGUUUCGAGGGAUGGUGGGGACGCAUCCUCUGACCGGUGGGAAGGAAUGUUCGAAAUAUCUCUCAACGGACUUGUCGUAGGCCGGACUGGGUACAAGUUUCUUCCUGGCCCUGCUUGGUUGACUGAGCGUAUUACGAUCAACGACCCGCCAAUGGGUGGCGGGAUAUGGGCCGGCUCGACGGGGCAGGGAGUCUGGAUUCUCCUGGGGCCGCUCCAGAUGUUGGGUGGAGCCUGGGUCCCCUGGAUACAGCUGACGACAUCGCAUAUGGGAACGGUGCCCAUCGACCUGGGGCCAUUCCGUCGAGGAGAAGCGGUGAAAGCUUGGUGGCCAGGGUUUUCGGCCAUCAGUAACGAGCAGAAUGGCGAGCUACUGUUGGAGAUCAAGUUUGAUGAGGAGAUAGUAUUACCACUCGAAAACUAUAGCGCCAUGAAGGAUAUUCUUGCCCGGAAAAAUUAUUUUGAGUUAUGGAAUGAUCUCACAAAGCGUAUCCCUAUUCCCGCCAAGUUUCAACGCACCUCAUCUCUCUUGCACUGUAUCACGGAAAUCUUGCUCCCCAUUUGGCCGCUGGCUCGUUCUGAGAUCAUUAGUGCAAGCACAUCACCAAGCACGCUCUUUCGCGGCAACUCCACAUUAACGCGCGUGGUCGAGUCAGCAAUGGCCAUUCUAGGAGCGCAAGGAUUCUUGGAUAACAGUAUCGGGCACGUUAUAAGGGAUAUUUACCGUGACAAAGUAACUUUCGAAACCUGUCAGAGUAGUACGGGAGGACCAAACACGGCCGCCGGAAUAAUCGAAGGAGCCGAUGUGAUGACCCAUUGGUUAAGAAAGAUCUGGGAUUCUAUUUGGAGGGCGAGAAACGGAUGCCCGGAUGAACUGCGACAUCUGUUUUACCAUAUUCGUACCCAAGUUGAAGCGCGCUGGGGUUCGUCGGCUCUGCAUACAGACCUCAAGUAUCAGGCUAUUAGCGCAUUUUUGUUCCUUAGGUUCUUCAUACCUGCACUACUGCGGCCAGAACAGUACGGGUUGACCGUUGGUCCACCUCCCGAUGGCGUCGAACGAAGUCUGAAGUCGUUGGCCAGAGCGCUCCAGUCGUUGGCCAACCUGAACACUAACGUCCAGAGGGAGGAGUUCAUGCGAGGCGUCAAGGCCUUCAACGAAGAAAACGUUGAUGCUAUGAUCGACUACCUGACUUUUGUCUCAACUCCUUCCGAUCGACGCCCAGUCGUGCACAGCGUUCCUCCAUCGGUGUCUUCCAGCCACACACAUACUCCUCACUCACACACACCGGUGUCAUACAAUCCAUCUCCAGAGCUUCAAAUCCGCACUGCGCUCCAAGCGCGGUUAUCGUCUAUGGAUGCGCUACACCGCGAGUCGUUGCCCAUUUUACCGUACAUGACAGACGAAGCUCGCGAUUUGGCGGUAAUAGCAUCGGCAGUAGUCAGAAAUGCGCAUACUCCGAGUGGACUGGUGCGAUUAUUCCGUCGAGAGAUAGGUCCGAUGAACGAAGGACUCGAGAGCUUGACGGAUGGGGCCCUUGGGGUCAACAAUGUUGAUACCGGGGACGAACAAAGCAGCCAAACGGCCGAUGCAAUAGGCGACGACGAACCCGAGGUCCAUGAAGAUGUAGUCCAGUUCAUCAAAACAUGUUUUGAUAUUCAAGCCGAGGCCAUGCGGCGAGUUUUACCGAAUGCUACUACCCAGAAGAAGCUUGGCAGGAGAAGGCGAAGGCCCACCAAACAGGAUGAUAAUCCGGGUCCCAACCUUCCUGACCCGCCCAGGUCGGCAGCGAAGGCUCCGCUCACCGAAAGCUCGUACGAUGGACGGGAGUUUGGUACAAUACCUCCAUCGAUUGUGACGCCGGAUACUGGGGCAGGCACAGGGGCAGAGAAUUCUUCAGAUCAGAGUACAAGACCUGAUAUCUCUCGUCAGCCCUCGCAGAACACCCUGUCUGGUACCAAGAAGAAGAGGACAGGGGGGGAUUGA